AUGCAGUCGCUAGCAUUCCUUCCGGAUCUGGAUGAUAUGCCUUCGUUUGAAUCAAUUACAACCAGUGCUGGUGGUUUAUCGGCCGAAAGCAUUGAUGCUGCACGAAUUUUGGACAGUGUUUUUGAGGUUUCAAAGAGGAAUAUCAACCAAUCCGAUAAUUAUCUGCAGAUCCUUGUGGAAGUAUUUUCGUCGGAAUUACGGGACAGCACAAAAUACGAGCAUUUGAAUUACUUCUACAUCAUUGUGCCACCUCUGACGAUAAACUACGUGGAUCAGAUGUUGGCCUGCAAAGGGAAACUGGGAAGACGAGCCAAUCAGAAUAAUACAUUCACCGAGGAUGGAUUCAUCUUA